AUGAAAAAUGUUUCAGGCUUUUAUAAAUAUAUAAUACUUAUUAUUCUUAUAUAUAUUUUAGCUAAUAUAAAAUGUAAUAAGAUAAAAAAAAUAGGAUAUAAUAACAUACAAAAUAAAAUAUAUGGACAUCAAAAAUAUAAAUAUGAAAAAGUAAACCUGAAUAAAUUAUUUUAUCUUGAAAAUAAAAAUAAGUUAAAAGAAAUAUGGGAAAGGAUUAAAAAAAAUGUUAAUAUACGAGACCCUAAAAAUGUGGAUAAAAAAAUUAUAAAAACAAAUUCAGAUUUGAAUUCAUUUAAAAAUACCACAAAAAAUAAUACAGAUGAUAGUAAUAAAAUAAUUAAUAAUGUUACAAUUAAUAAUGUUAUAAUAAAUAAUAGUACAAUAAUUGAUCAAAAUAAAUUAUCAAAUUUACUGAAAUGUAACAAUUUAAUCACUAUUAGACAUAAAGACAUUAACAAAAUAAUAAAAAUUAUAAAUGAAUAUUAUAUUAAAAAUAAUUACAUUUUCUCCAAUAUUUUGAAAUAUGAAAUAAAAAACGAAAAUGAUAAAAAAAUAUUAAUAAUAUAUGCUAACGAAUUGGUAAUUGAUAAAAAUUGUAUAAAAGUUAAUGUUUAUAAAGAGGUGGGUAAAAAAAAUGAAAGUAAAAAUGUGGAAACAAAAGAAAAAAAAAUAAAAAAUAAUAACAUAAACAAUGUAAAAGAAAUAAUUUUUGAACGUGAAAAUAUCUUAAGUAAGGAUAUAUUAGAAUACGAACUAAAUGUAAAAAACCCAAAAUAUUGUGAUCAGGUAAAAAAAAUGUUUGAAAAAAAAAUGAAUAUAAAAGAAAGCUCGAUUUUUGUUUGGGAUGAAAAAAUGUAUGACUUGUUAAUAAAAUCUAAUUUAUUCAAAUAUAUACAUGUUAGACUAAUAUUUGACAAAAGUAUCAAUAAGCAUAUAUUAGAAAUAGAUGUAAUAGAAAAUAAAAACAUGAUAUUUAUUCCAAGUAUAUCAAAAAGUUUUAAUUCGAUGUUGGAAUUUUGCAUAAAUUUGACAUUUUCGUAUUUACACAGUUUAAAUUUUGCUGACAAGUUGAGAAUAAAAUAUUUUCAAAAUUUAAAUUACAAAAAUAAUAAACAUAAUUAUGAUAUAAUUUUUGUUAAUGAUACAAUAGAAAUAGAAAAACUAAAAAACAAUUUUCCAUCAUAUUCAAUUUAUGGUUUUAAUACAAAUAAAGUCUACAAAAAAGAACUUAAUAAUUCAUUCUUAAAUGAUUUUACAAAUAUUAUUAACAGUCAGUAUAAAAAAAAAAAUGAAGAAAAUAGUGAGAAAAAAGAACAAAAAAGUUUAAAAGGUUUUAUACAAACGAAAGAUAUCUAUAAUUAUUUGCAUACAAAUAAAUUCUUCAUUUUUUAUAUUAAAAAAAUUCAUAAUACAAUUUUUGAAUUAAAAAUAAAAAUUAAAAAAAACAUAUUGCAUAAUUUUUUAUACUUUUUGAAAACACCCAGUAACACACUAACUAGCCAAAGUUUGCUAUCUUCUGAAGAUAAAAAAGUGGAAAAUGAUUCCAAAAUUAGUAAAAUGGCUCAAAAUUUUGUAAUUUCUAAAUAUAAUUAUUUUAUAAAAAGAAAAACUAAUGAUGUCUUACUUAAUAAAUUAUAUAAUAUUUAUGGAUCUACUUUUAAAUGUUCAUUUUCUUUAAAUGCGUGUUCUUCAAAUAUAUUUGAAAAGACAAAAUUUUUAAACACUUUUUUUAAUUUAAAAAAUAAAAUAGAUUUGAUUUUUCACUUUAAUACAAACAAAAAUUUUUGUAUAAAAAGUUUUUCAAAUAUAUCUUUGGACAAAAAUGAGAAUAAUACAAGCAAACGUGUUAAUACUAAAAGUUUUUAUUCAUAUUUAUUAUCUUAUUUUAAAGAUAUUAAUAAAGAAAAAUAUUAUGAUAUUAAUAAAAUAAAUAAUAUACAUUUGAAUUACACAUUUUAUUUUAAUAAAAAUUAUAAAAUACCAAUAUCUAAAUAUAUUAUUAAUCUCAAAAAUAUAUUAAAAAGAAAAAAAAAAAAUAAUCAGAAUGAAGAAAUAGAAAAAGAAGGAGAGAAGAGACAACAUAUUAUUCGACAUAAUAUACAUGAUAAAAUAAAGUUGAGAAAAAAAUUUCCUUUAAAUUUUAUUAAUUUAAAUAUAAAUGAUAUAGAAUUGUUAAUAAAUUUAGAAUUUUCUUUAACAAAAAAUUUAUGGAAUUAUAAAGGAAUAAAUAUUUUAAAUAAUGAUAACAGAUGGUUUAAAAAAAAAAUUAUCGAUAUACCUUAUGCUAUAAUUAAUAAGCUAUUCAAUAUGAAUAAUGAAAAAAAUGCACACAAUAAUAAUUUGGAAGGUUUUAAAGAACAUAUUGAAAAAGUAGAAAUAUAUAAAAAUGAUUUAUCCGAAAGUAAUAAAUAUAACAUACACAAUGUAAAUAUAAAUGAUGCUACAAAUGAAUAUCUAAAUAAAAUAAACUGUUGGUUAAAUUAUAAAUUAGUAUUCCCUAUACUAUUUAAUAAUUAUUUUUUAAAUUUAACAAAUAUGAAGUUGUAUUUAUUUCUUAAUUAUAAUUUAUUUGAUAAGCAACAACAAAAUUGUAAUAUAUCAUCUAUACCUAAUAACCAAAACAAAAAUAUGGCUACUUCAAAUUUUAUUAAGUUAAAUUAUUUAAAAAAAAAACAAAAAAAAAAACAAAUUCCAUCAUAUGGAUUUGGUAUUAUCUUUUCAAAUAUAAAUGUUUUUUUGAAUUUUAAAAUUAACUCUAAAAAUAUUUUACCUUCCUUAGUAAUGCAAUUAAAUAGAGAUAUAUCCAAAUUUAAAUAUUUGUUAUAA